AUGGGAGAUGGGGAGUGGUUGAAUGACCUAUCCAGUUCAGUGGUGAACAACGAAAGGAUGAAGAUCACACGGAUGCAUCUAAAAGUUGUAUCAUUUCUUAUUGCAAUUAUGUUUUUUCUUAAUUAUGAUAUAGUUGAGGGCUUAACCAAGCAAGAAGACGAAGCAUUGGAGAGGAGAUUACAGCUUUUAAAUAAGCCAGCAGUUAAAACUAUUAAGACCGAAUAUGGAGAUAUCUAUGAUUGCGUAGAUUUCUAUCAACAGCCGGCAUUUGAUCAUCCAUUGCUAAAAAAUCAUACUUAUCAUCCUCAGAUGAAACCAACUUUUUCUCUAACAAAAAGAGACGAAGAACCCUCAACAUUGAGAAACACCGCCAAGAUAUUAAAAGAUGGAGGUUGUCCCAAGGGAACCGUUCCUAUAAGAAGAACUACUAAGGAAGAUCUCAUUAGAGAACAAAAUGCGGAUCGAUUUAAUGCUAGUUAUGCUAACGGCAUCUUUCACUUUGCUCUAGAAGAAACAUCAGAUGACCAAAAUAAUAAGUUUACGGGAGCUGGUGCGUGGAUGAGCAUUUACGCUCCAAAGGUUCAAAAUAACCAAUGGAGUGCAUCUGUCGUGAAGUUACAAAAUGGUCGUGACCAAAUACAAGCUGGUUGGCGUGUGGAUCCAAUUCUUUAUGGUGAUACUCGUGCACGAUUUUUCGUAUUAUUCAAAUCUGGCACAACUCAAUGCUUCAACACACGUUGCAAAGGAUUCAUAAUAGUGAAUGGACAAAUACCCCUGGACCAUAUAUUCCCACAUGUUUCCAAAGAUGGAAAUAUAUUCGAGGAGAGGUUUUAUAUUCAAAAGGAUUUGAUAAAUGGAAAUUGGUGGCUACGUUAUGGUUCUGAUUCUACACAGCUUGGUUAUUGGCCAGCAGAACUGUUUGGAGGGGGAUUAAAGAAUUUUGCAUCAAAGGCGGCAUGGGGUGGAGAGGCAUUUAGUUCAGGACCUACUUUCCCUCCAAUGGGUACAGGACAAUUCCCUCAACGUGACACCUCCGUCGAUGCAUAUUGUAGAAAGAUUUCCGUUCUCAAUUCUGCUGGGAAAACUACAAAUACUGGUCCUUUGUCAAAGUUUGAAGAUGCCAGUGCGCUCUACCAAGUGAGUGAUAAACAAACUGGCGACAAUGAAUUUGGUCAUUUGGUCUUUUUGGGUGGACCAGGUUCUAACAAAUGA